UUCUGCAGUGGCUGGAGGCUGGAGCAGGCAGCUUCCUGGUGUUAGCUGUUUCUCUCUCCCUUCCAGGGCGGAUUCACCAUGUGCUCUGAGACAGGCUCCAGGUGCACUGGCAUGCUGCUCCUGACCUUGGCCACGACAGCCAUCAUCGCCAACCUCCUGCUGUACUUUCCCAACGGGCAGGUGCUGGCGCCUGCCAAGGUCACAAAUUUGGUCUGGUUUUUCCACGGCUUUCUUGGAGCUGGACUCUUGGUUAUGGUGCCGGCAGUAAUGCUGCUGAGAGCGGGUGGAGAGGGCUGCUGGGCUCACAGACGUGGGAUGCUGUUUCCUGUGCUCUUGGCCAUACUGGGCACUAUGGGGGCCGUGUAUUGUGUGGUCAUUUCUUCGUUGGGUCUGCUCAGUGGCCCCUUCUGUGACACAGGCAGUGGAAACUACACCUACCCUUUCAGGAACGACACCCUGGAGAACAGCUACUUAUUCAACCGUCCCAGCUGGACCACCUGCCAAGAGCCUGAGCACAUCGUCCUCUGGCACGUGGUCUUGUUCUCCAUCCUCCUGGGGAUCGGCGCAGUGGAAGCUGCCCUUUGCCUCAGCCAAGCUGUCAGCGGACUCUGUGACAUCUUCUGUGGCACAUGCAUCCGAAAAGGACAGGUCGGUGCUUCCAGAACCCUGGCGUUUUCAAGUCAUUCCCCCUGA